CAUUUCAUUUUUCACAGCCUCUCUGAACCUUGUAGUGUUCUUGUCCCACCAUCUAUGAGGGACCUUAUCUUAGCUGCUGUCAUGAAAUUUGUUUAUUUCCCAUGCCUUGUUGCUUUCCCAUGCCUCCCAAAUUAAUUUGGAGGAGGGGAGGCAAGGCUAGUAUUCAUAAAAUGAGACAUUUGUUUGUACGGUGGGUAGGUGAUUUACAGUAGGUAAGUGAUAGAAGUAACCAGGAAGGGUUGUGAAGAAAAGAAAAUCAUAAAUUAGCUUAUGGGCCCAUUUAAAGAUGAGUCAGCCCCUCUCUAUCAGUGGUUUGCUUCCCAAGCUUGGUGUGUGUCAAGUGUAUGAACAGUUCCUAUUUUUGCUUGUCUGCCCAAGGUGAAAAAUGGGAAGUGGAUAUUGCAAGAGUUGUCUGCUUUAUUCCGGUGGGGCUGUAUCUGCUGUACUAGAUAUCUAUUUCUGGAAGAUUGACAUAGCCAUAGUGAGCAAAAGAUAAGCUUCUUGACCAUAUUUCCAUCAUGCAAAACUUAUAUGGCCUUUGUAGCAAUUUACUCAACAAAUCAGGCAAAUUAGUUAUUUGAUGACGUAAACAUACAUUUGCAAACUAUUUGGUUGAUUCUUUAUGUGUGUGGCAUUUUUGUAAAAAUUGUUCUUGAAAAUGCAAAAAUAAUUUUUUAAUCCUGCUUGCAGCUUUAUCAACAUUUGGGUGAGGUCUGCUGUUAUGUAAGUGUAUAAUCUGUUAUAUAAUGUAUGAUCUAUAGAUGAGAAAAAUCUUACUGCUUAUAGUUUGAAGAUAGCAGACAUUCUUAAUAAAGAUUCUGAGCAUUUCAGUUUACUGAUAUUUCCAAAGGAGAAAUUAAAAUACAGCUGACUAGUUUGCAGACUGUUUUAUUUGGCAGUUAGGCAAGAGGACAGAAUAAGGGGUUAAGAAGUGAAAUAUGAAUGGCUGACAGUUUGCUGAAUUUAUCAGUGGUCAGAUUUACUUUUUGGGAUAACAUCUUGGGUGUCUUGAAAUUCCCACAUCAUGCCAGCAUUUUUGGGGGAUGCUUCUGUUGACAUAGUUAAUGAAACAUUGAAACCUAACGACUUGUUUUAAUAAAAGUGCAGAAACAGUCAUUUCCAGUCACAUCAAAUUGGAUGAACCACAAAAAUCAUGAAGUUAAAAACAAAUCAGAUAUCAUUUGGUGGUUCUGUUUAGUUUAUUGCAGUUUUAUGAUCUUUGAUUAAAUUUGCAGCUCUCCGAGUUUGUUUAGAAGUAGGCCAUCACAUGCCGAGAUGAAAUACCAUCAUUUAAAUUAGAUACUGAGCAUGCUCGUAUGAAGUACUUAGUCUUGGCGACUGCAGUGUGGUUCAGUUUUCUUCCAGUGGAAAGAGCAGAAAAGAGAUCACUGUGGUGCCCUUUGUCAUCAUUCUUCUGUCAGAGAGCAUGUAAUUUGUCUUUGGAAACCAGAAACCAGAGACAAAGAGAAGAAUGCAGGUUUUUAGCAGAAGGCUAUUUGCCAUAAUGAAAGGAAAGUGACCUGUAAACAUCCUGUCACAGGACAGCCAUCACAGGACAAUUGUAUUUUUGUAGUGAAUGAACAGACCGUUGCAACCAUGACGUCUGAAGAAAAGAAGGAACGACCUAUAAGUAUGAUAAAUGAAGCCUCUAACUACAACAUUUCUUCAGAUUAUUCAGUGCAUCCAAUGAGCCCUGUAGGCAGAACUUCACGGGCUUCCAAAAAAGUUCACAAUUUUGGAAAGAGAUCAAAUUCAAUUAAAAGGAAUCCUAACGCACCUGUGGUCAGACGAGGUUGGCUUUAUAAACAGGACAGUACUGGCAUGAAGCUGUGGAAGAAACGCUGGUUCGUGCUUUCUGACCUUUGCCUCUUUUAUUACAGAGAUGAGAAAGAAGAGGGUAUCCUGGGAAGCAUACUGUUACCUAGUUUUCAGAUAGCUAUGCUUACCUCUGAGGAUCACAUUAAUCGCAAAUAUGCUUUUAAGGCAGCCCAUCCAAACAUGCGGACCUAUUAUUUCUGCACUGAUACAGGAAAGGAAAUGGAGUUGUGGAUGAAAGCCAUGUUAGAUGCUGCCCUGGUCCAGACAGAACCUGUGAAAAGAGUGGACAAGAUUACAUCUGAAAAUGCACCAACUAAAGAAAUCAAUAACUUUCCCAACCAUAGAGUGCUAAUUAAACCAGAGGUCCAAAAUAACCAGAAAAACAAGGAAAUAAGCAAAACGGAAGAAAAAAAGGCAUUAGAAGCUGAAAAAUACGGAUUUCAGAAGGAUGGUCAAGAUAGACCUUUAACAAAAAUUAACAGCGUAAAGUUGAAUUCUCUGCCAUCUGAAUAUGAGAGCAGGUCAACAUGCCCAGUUCAGGCUGGACACUACAGGCCAGUCAAUGUGAAUAGUUCAGAGAGCAAAACAGUCAAUGUUAGCCUGGCAGAUCUUAGAGGUGGAAACCACCCAAAUGCAGGGCCCUUACACACAGAGGUUGAUCGAGUCAUACAGAGAACGAAUUCAAUGCAACAGUUGGAACAGUGGAUUAAAAUCCAGAAGGGGAGGGGUCACGAAGAAGAAGCCAGGGGAGUAAUUUCUUACCAAACACUACCAAGAAAUAUGCCAAGCCACAGAGCCCAGAUCGUGGCCCGCUACCCUGAAGGUUAUAGAACUCUCCCAAGAAACAGCAAGACCAGGCCUGAAAGUAUCUGCAGCGUGACGCCCUCCACUCAUGACAAAAUAGCAGGACCUGGAAUGGAAGAGAAGCGGAGAUCAAUGAGAGAUGACACGAUGUGGCAGCUUUACGAAUGGCAGCAGCGUCAGUUUUAUAAUAAGCAGAGCACCCUCCCUCGUCAUGGCACUUUGACCAGUCCUAAAACCAUGGUUAAUAUUUCUGACCAGACCAUGCACUCUAUUCCCACAUCACCUUCCCAUGGGUCAAUUGCUGCUUAUCAGGGAUACUCCCCUCAGCGAACCUACAGAUCAGAAGUGUCUUCACCCAUUCAGAGAGGAGAUGUGACGAUAGACCGCAGGCACAGGGCCCAUCACCCUAAGCAUGUCUAUGUGCCUGACAGGAGGUCAAUGCCAGCUGGCCUGACUUCACAGUCUGUUAGUCCCCAGAGCCUCCAAGGCAAAACGCCAGAGGAGCUUACGCUGCUGCUAAUAAAGCUGAGACGGCAGCAAGCUGAACUGAGUAGUAUCCGGGAGCACACGUUAGCACAGCUCAUGCAGCUCAAACUUGAGGCCCACAGCCCAAAGAAUGAAAUUCUUUCACAUCAUCUUCAAAGGAACACCAUAUAUUUGGAUCAUCAGAUGAAAGAAAAUGAACCUAUUAUCGCCAUGGUUCACACAUUGAUUGAGAACUCGGCGCUAAGACCCCAACUGUACCAGCAAUUCUUAAGACAGAAGAACAAGAUAAGUCUUUAUUGUCUGUCACAAGAUGAAUGUAGAGGCACAUUAUACAAAUACAGACCUGAAGAAGUCGAUAUUGAUGCCAAGUUAAGCCGAUUAUGUGAACAGGAUAAAGUGGUACAUGCUCUGGAAGAGAAACUUCAGCAACUCCACAAGGAGAAAUACACGCUUGAGCAAGCUUUGCUAUCAGCCAGCCAAGAGAUAGAAAUGAACGCAGAUAACCCAGCAGCCAUUCAGACCGUGGUGUUACAGAGGGACGAUUUACAAAAUGGACUGCUCAGUACGUGUCGGGAACUCUCCCGAGCCACUGCUGAACUGGAGCGAGCGUGGAGAGAAUAUGACAAGCUAGAAUACGAUGUCACUGUUACCAGGAACCAGAUGCAAGAGCAGCUGGAUCGCCUGGGUGAAGUUCAGACUGAAUCAGCAGGAAUUCAGCGUGCACAGAUUCAGAAAGAACUUUGGAGAAUUCAAGAUGUCACGGAAGGACUGAGUAAACACAAGCAGCAGAGAGGCACCACAGAAACAGGUAUGGCAGGACCAAAGCCUUUCUCGACAGUCAAGUACAAAAAUGAGGAAGAGGAAGUAGUCCCACCUCGUCCUCCACUUCCUCGGUCCUAUGACUUUACAGAGCAGCUUCCCAUAAUCCCCUCUCUGCCCAGUGACAGCAGCUCCUUGCUCUGUUAUAGCAGGGGCCCAGUCCAUCUGCCUGAAGAAAAGAAGAUUCAUCAAGUUCAAGGAUAUCCAAGAAAUGGAUCUCACUGUGGUCCAGAUUAUAGACUCUACAAGAGUGAGCCAGAGCUAACAACUGUGGCAGAAGUUGAUGAGUCUAAUGGGGAAGAAAAAUCAGAACCUGUUUCAGAAAUGGAAACUUCAGUUAAAGGUCCCCACUUUCCUGUUGGAGUAGUCCCUCCAAGGACAAAAUCACCAACGCCCGAAUCUUCGACAAUAGCCUCAUAUGUAACUUUAAGGAAAACUAAGAAGAUGAUGGAUACAAGAACGGAAAGACCAAGGAGUGCAGUGGAACAGCUCUGUUUGGCCGAAACUAGUCGACCUCGGAUGACUGUGGAAGAGCAGAUGGAAAGAAUCAGGAGACACCAGCAAGCAUGCUUAAGGGAAAAGAAAAAGGGACUAAACAUCAUUGGUGCUUUAGACCCGUCACCCUUACAGAGUCCUUCAAGUGCGAGGGACCAUCCAUUCAGGGUUGCCCAGACUCGAAGGAGGGAUGAUAACAUUAAGGAAGUGGACACUGUUAUUAAAGAAAAUAAUGUGAAGCCAGAUGAUGAAGCUCCUGCAGCAGAAAUUGUUCGACUAAAAGAAACUGAGCCUCCAAAUGCGGAUUUCAGCAAAGAGUCUCAAAAAACUGAAAACGCUUUUUAUGAAACACUUUUCAAACCUGAACCAAAUGGAGUAAAUUCUGAAGAAGUGGUGGAUAAAGAAAGAAACAAAGAAAAAAUGCCUGAGGAUGUUUCUUACAGCCCUCAGGAUGAGACACAGAUCACAAAUCAUAAAGCGGAAGGCCACCCUGAAGAAGAUACAAAAGAUGAUAUUCCUGAGCAGGAAGAAACUGCUAUUUCUUAUGACGGGUCUCCUGAGGCUUCUAGAGGAAAUCAAGCAAUGGCAGUGAAAAGUCUGCCCCCGUCUCCUGAGUCCUCGGCAUCACCAGUUCCAUCCACUCAGCCGCAGCUCACAGAAGGAUCCCAUUUCAUGUGUGUGUAGUCUCAGAAAAACUACACUGACUUCUGUUGAAACCAUUCAGAGCUGAGGACAUGGACCUUCGGCAAUGUGAGAAGAUAUUGUACAGUAUAUUUUUAAUCUAUGAAAUUCAUAGUUCUGAUGCUUUUGGCCACAGAGCAUCGUUUUAUCACUUCUGGAAAAUGUUUAUUCCAAAACAGCUUUAACGGCCCAUAUGUGCACUCCAUAAUCUCAAGGUUAUUAUUCUGACGCCAGCUUGCUGCUAUGAUUUCAGAGCACAUAAGUAAAGGUGCUUUUAAUGUGCGGUCUACAGCCAGUGCUUACUCAGUUACUGAUUUCCAGAUUUUGAUGUUUCUGAAGUCGAGGUGGAUUUAUAUUUCUUUUUGCUUUUCAGUACAUAAUUUAGUUAUUAUUUCCAACAAAGCUUGUUUCCUUUUUUUUUUCCUUCCCAUUUUGGCUCCUGCAAUGCUUUGUUUCACACUUGAUUUGUAAAAAUUUUAUAUAUAUAUUUAAAAUGUGCCAUUUUAUUAUUGCUAAGUGAAGUAUGUCCCGUUUUCUGCUAUAAUUAUUUCUCAGUCAGAUUGCAAUGUCAGCAGUUACUGCCAUACUCUUGUCGGCUUAAACACAAAUGUUACGCUUACUGUUUCUUAAAAAACAAUUUAAAAUGUAGGUAUUUUGAAGCACUGGGCUUCUCCUUCAUUGGAAUAGAUGUGUACAGCAAUAAGCAAGUUUUCAAAUCCAGUACUUAGUUUAUGUACAAAUGUAAUUAUGUUCAUUGUGUAUAUAUUAUACAAUGAGCACAUGUAAUGUAAGUAUUAAAGGCUACUUACUACUGUUUAAAUGCAAAUGUUCAUAUCUCAUUUCUUUUUUAUCAUGUUAAAUAAAUGUUGAUGUUCUUAAA